AUGGCCGCAGCCGAGGUGCCCAUGCGCCUCGCGUCCCCGCAGGCGGAGAAGCACCGGCGGGCCCGCAACUGGACCGACGCCGAGAUGCGUGGCCUGCUACUCGUCUGGGAGGAGUUCUUCGACGAGCUCAAGCAGACCAAGCGCAACGCCCGGGUGUACGAGAAGAUGGCCAGCAAGCUGCUGGAGAUGACCGGCGAGCGCCGGCUGGGCGAGGAGAUCAAGAUCAAGAUCACGAACAUGACCUUCCAGUACAGGAAAUUAAAAUGCAUGGCAGAUAGCGAGUCCGUCCCGCCCGACUGGCCCUAUUACCUAGCCAUUGAUAGGAUUCUGGCCAAGGUCCCCGAGCCCGGCGACGGCCAGCCGCCGGGGCCCUCCGCGUCCCAGACCGAGGGGUCCCUGUCGCCGUCGGCUAAGUCCACCCCCCUGUACUCACCGUAUGACCCGUGCUCCUACGAUGGCGGCCUCCACCUCCAGGACGGACGCUCCUCCAGCUCCUCCAGCUCACUGUCCCUUAAGUUCAGGUCGGAGGAGCGGCCGGCAAAGAAGCGCAAGGUGCAGAGCUGCCACCUGCAGAAGAAGAAGCUGCGGCUGCUGGAGGCCAUGCUGGAGGAGCAGCGGCGGCUGGGCCGCGCCGUGGAGGAGACCUGCCGGGAGGUGCGCCGCGUGCUGGACCAGCAGAGCCUGCUGCAGGUGCAGGGCCUGCAGCUGCAGGAGCGCAUGAUGAGCCUGCUCGAGAGGCUGGUCGCCAAGGCCAGCGGCUAGGGCCCCAUGGCCCCCCUCCAGCUCGGAGCCCCCCUCAGACCCGGCCCCAGACCGCCCCGGGGGACUCCCCAGGGAGAACUGCUGAGUCCACUCUCCGGCAUGGUCGCCGUCGGGGACGCGGGAAGUGGCGUUUGGUAUCACGUGUGUGACUCCUCCUUCCCCAACCGGGGGAACGCAGGUUCUCCCUCACCAGGGCCC